AUGAUGGUCGGUGCAACAGGAGCUGGUAAAACUACGAUGAUUAAUGCUAUUGUUAAUUAUUAUUAUGGUACACAAUGGAAUGAUAAUUUUCGUUUAAAACUUAUUACAGAAGAAGAUGAAGGAAUUAAUGGUAUAACGCAAAGUCAAGCAAAAAGUCAAACAAAAUGGAUAACAGCAUAUACACUUCAUCAUCUACCUGAUUGUACCGUAUCAUACACAUUAACCAUAAUUGAUACACCGGGAUUUGGUGAUACAGAAGGAACUAAGCGCGAUGCUCAAAUAACAGAACAGAUUCAUGAAUUUUUUCAAAUAACUGGUCCACAUGGUAUUGAUCAUAUUGAUGCUAUUGGUUUUGUCAUUCAAAGUUCAGCCAAUCGUUUGACACACACUCAAAAAUAUAUAUUCGAUUCUAUUCUUUCAAUGUUUGGUAACGAUAUUAAAGAAAAUGUUUUUCUUAUAAUAACAUUUGCUGAUGGACAAACACCACCUGUACUUGAAGCAGCUCGUGAAGCAAAUCUACCAUACAGAACAUAUUCUAAAUUCAAUAAUUCUGCAUUAUUUGCCAAAAAUAAAUUAACACAUGAAGAAGAAAAUGAAAAUUUUGAUCAAAUGUUUUGGAAAUUAGGCAUCACAAGUCUUAAAAAUUUUUUUAUUGAGUUUCAAAAAGUACAACCGACUAGUUUAACAUUAACAAAAGAAGUAUUAACAGAACGACAACAUUUAGAAGCUAUUGUACAAGGUAUUCAACCACAAAUUCAAUUUGGACUUAAUAAAUUAGAAGAAUUAAGACAAGAAAUUCAAGUAAUUAAAGCACAUGGAAAUGAUAUAUUACAAAACAAAAAAUUUCAAUAUAAAAUUAAAAUGACAAAACAACGUAAAAUCGAUUUACCAUCAAAUACCUAUGUUACUAAUUGUAUUAAAUGUAAUUAUACAUGUCAUUAUCCUUGUGGAAUUCCAAAUGAUAAAGAAAAAUAUAAUUGUGAUGCUAUGGUUAACAAAGGUCUCAAUGCUUCAUGUAGUAUUUGUCUAGGAAAAUGUAUUUGGAAUUCGCAUUUUAAUAAUACUUAUCGAUUUGAAUUAUAUCAAGAAGAUGAAACAAGAACAUCAGAAGAAAUGAAAAAACGUUAUGAAAAAGCUCGAAAUGAUGGUAAAACGGCACUCAAUUUAGCUGAAUUAUUGAAAAAAGAUUUCGAAAAAACACAAAUGACAGUCUAUGGUAUGAUUGGUAAUGCACGUAAAGCUAUUGAACGACUUGAACAAAUAGCUUUAAAACCAAAUCCAUUAUCCAUUGUUAAUUAUAUUGAAUUGAUGAUUGAAUCUGAAAAAUAA